AUGCGUUUCUCCAUUGCCAUCCCCGCCAUCGCCGCCCUCGCCAGCUCCGUCUCGGCCGCCUGCAACAGCGUCUCGUUCGACUACAAGCCCGAGUACAACCUCAUCGGAUCCCACACCAAGUGCUCCAUCACCUAUACCAUGUGGGGCCCCAGCUACCACGAGGUCAAGACCGUCCAGGGCACCGACCUCUUCAAGAAGGCCACCUACACGUCCCCCGACGGCCAGUGGAAGGUUACCGAUGAUGCUCCCUGCACCAUCAACCGCGGCAAGUUGACCGUCCAGUGGGGCCAGAACAAGAACGUCUUUGAUAAGACUAAGCCCCAGAGCAUCGACAACGGCAUGUUGGUUUUCUUUGGAUGCUUGUAA